CAGUAACUUCACCCGUCGGGGCUUGAGGACAUAGUGUUUAUGGACAGGCUGUAGCUGCCAUUGCUGGUUGUGGUCCCACCCAGGUGGUCGCAUUUACCUGUAGCAACAGUUUCGGUGCCGGUAACAUCCCAAUCGGAACCAUGGCCUGGGCUUUAAAGCUGCCCCUGGCGGACGAAGUGAUCGAGUCCGGCUUGGUCCAAGACUUCGAUGCCAGCUUGUCUGGGAUCGGCCAGGAGUUGGGUGCGGGCGCCUAUAGCAUGAGUGAUGUGCUUGCCUUGCCGAUAUUUAAACAAGAGGAAUCUAGUCUGCCCUCUGAAAAUGAAAACAAAAUCCUACCGUUCCAAUACGUUCUCUGCACCGCUACCUCCCCUGCUGUGAAACUUCACGAGGAGACGCUCACGUAUCUCAACCAAGGUCAGUCCUAUGAAAUCAGGAUGUUGGACAAUCGAAAGUUGGCAGAGCUGCCUGAAAUCACCGGGAAGAUGGUUAAGAGCAUCUUCCGUGUGGUUUUUCACGACAGGCGUCUUCAGUACACCGAACACCAGCAGCUGGAAGGGUGGAGAUGGAACAGGCCUGGGGACAGAAUACUUGACAUUGAUAUUCCCAUGUCGGUGGGUAUAAUUGACCCAAGGACACAUCCAAACCAGCUAAACACUGUUGAGUUUUUGUGGGAUCCUUCAAAAAGAACAUCUGUGUUUAUUCAAGUUCAUUGCAUUAGCACUGAAUUCACCAUGCGGAAACACGGAGGCGAGAAAGGUGUUCCCUUCCGGAUCCAGAUAGACACCUUUAAGGAGAACGAGAACGGAGAAUAUACAGAGCAUAUACACUCGGCCAGCUGUCAGAUCAAGGUCUUCAAGCCAAAAGGCGCUGAUAGAAAACAGAAGACGGACAGGGAAAAGAUGGAGAAGCGGACGCCGCAGGAGAAAGAGAAAUACCAGCCUUCUUAUGAAACCACCAUUCUCACAGAGUGCUCACCUUGGCCAGAGAUCACAUUUGUCUCAAAUGCUCCUUCCCCUGGGUUUAACACUUCUUCUCACAGCUUUCCAAUUGGGGAAGGGAAUGGUUCUCCAAAUCACCAGCCUGAGCCUCCUGCCCCUAUUGCUGAUAACCUCUUGCCUACAUCAACCCCUCAGGAGGCACAACAGUGGCUACAUAGAAAUAGAUUUGCUGCAUUCUCGCGGGUUUUCACAAAUUUCUCAGGUGCAGAUUUAUUAAAGCUAACUAGGGAUGAUGUUAUCCAGAUCUGUGGUCCUGCUGAUGGCAUUCGACUAUUUAAUGCGCUUAAGGGACGGAUGGUGCGGCCGAGGCUCACUAUUUACGUUUGCCAGGAGUCGCCGCAAAUGAGGGAUCACCAUCAGCAGAAACAUGAGAAUGGAGAUGCAGGAAAUGGUGCUUUCUUUGUGUAUCAUGCCAUCUAUUUGGAAGAGCUCACGUCUGUGGAGUUGACUGAAAAGAUAGCCCAGCUCUUCAGUAUAUGCCCUCAUCAGAUCAACCAGAUAUACAAACAAGGGCCUACUGGCAUUCAUGUUCUUAUCAGCGAUGAGAUGAUCCAAAACUUCCAGGAUGAGGCUUGCUUUGUUUUGGAUACAAUGAAAGCUGAAACUAAUGACAGCUACCACAUCAUCCUGAAAUGAAGUGCUGGCAAUACGUGGCUUGACACUGUUCCUGGACCUUUUGUGAGCCCAUCAAAAA